UUGAUUUCUCUCAUUGAAUUUGAGAUGAGAAGAAGUUUACAGCAAAAAAUUACAAACAACUUUCAUAAUCACAAGCAAAACUCUUCUGGAAUUGAGAAGACAAGUUCUCCGAACUGGACAGUCCUCACGAGGAAUCAUAUCUCUCAAGGCUCACCCAAAGAAGCUCUUCGCCUCUACACCCAAGUUCGCAGCAGCAGCAAAGGAAUCCACAACGUUUUGGGACUAGUCCCUCUCAUUCUCAAGGCUUGUGCUUCUCUUCGCUUCCCAAAAUGUGGGAAGGCUUUGCAUGCCGAGUCCAUUAAGAGUGGGACCCUCUUUGAUGUCUUGGUCGGAACCUCAUUGGUCGACAUGUACGCUAAAUGUAGAGAGAUAUUUGAUGCCCGGAAAGCGUUUGAUUUAAUGCCUGAGAGAAAUGUCGUCACUUGGAAUGCGAUGAUUGGUGGGUAUUUGAAGAAUGGCGAUGUGGAAUCUGCUUUUGUGUUGUUUGAGAGGAUGUCAUUGCGGAAUUCAGUAACUUGGAAUGAGAUGAUUGACGGGUUUGCUAGGAGUGGUGACACGGUCAGUGCUCGGAAGUUGUUCGAUUGUGUUCCGUCGGAGAUGAAGAAUUUGAUCACGUGGACUGUGAUGGUUGAUGGGUAUAGUUGCAAUGGAGAAAUGGAGAAGGCGAGAGAGGUUUUUGAGCAGAUGCCAGAGCGGAACUGCUUUGCGUGGUCGUCGAUGGUUUCAGGGUAUUGCAAGCAGGGUGAUGUUGAGGAGGCGAGGAUCAUUUUCGACAGGAUCCCAGUUAGGAAUUUGGUGAACUGGAAUUCGAUGAUAUCGGGGUAUGUGCAAAAUGGGUUCUGUGAGGAAGCUAUGAAGGCGUUUGACGAAAUGAGAGCGCAGGGCUAUGAGGCGGAUGAAGUUACCACUGUGAGCGUCUUAUCUGCCUGCGCUCGGUCGGGACUGUUUGAUGUUGGCAGGGAAAUACAUGACAUGAUAAUUGAGAAAGGGAUGGAAUGUAAUCAGAUUGUGCUCAAUGCACUGGUUGACAUGUAUGCAAAAUGUGGGGAUUUGGCCUGUGCAAGAUCAGUCUUUGAAGGGAUGACUGAGAGAAAUGCCGCUUGUUGGAAUGCAAUGAUCUCGGGGUUUGCUGUUCACGGGCAGUGCGAGGAAGCUCUCGAGUUAUUUGGCAAGAUGGAAAGUUCAGAAGAAAUGCCUGAUGACGUAACUUUUCUUUCCGUUCUCUCAGCUUGUGCACGUGGAGGUUUUGUGGAUGAAGGUAUGGACAUUUUGUCCAAGAUGGCGAAAUAUGGCUUGGUGGCGAAUGUGAAGCACUAUGGAUGCUUGGUCGACCUUUUGGGGCGUGCAGGGAGAUUGAAGCAGGCUUAUGAUUUGAUCAAGAGGAUGCCUGUGGAACCCAAUGACACGGUUUGGGGGGCUAUGCUUGGAGCUUGCCGUAUUCAUUUGGAUAUGGAGAUGACUGAACGGGUAGCCAAAGAGAUCAACAACCUAAAUUCAAAAAUGGGUUCAGGCCAAAAUGAACAUUUUGUUCUUCUGUCAAAUAUAUAUGCUUCUUCUGAGAGGUGGGCGAAGGCUGAAAGGUUAAGGCUGGUGAUCACAAAUGAAGGGUUUCAAAAGACGCCCGGUUGCAGUUCGUUUAUGCCUUGCGUCUCAUAGCAUCUUCAAAACUAUACAUGU